GAUAGAAGCAGCUCAUUUAUAAUGUUGCUCAUAUUAGUUUUACUCUUGUUUGCAUCUUCCAUGGAGAUUGCAUCAGGGUCAGAUUGGUGUUACAAUGACCAAGAUGUUUGUGGUCACACCUGCACAGGACCAGACAUAUGGGGAGCAGUUUCACGUCAUUGCAGCGGCACAUCUCAGUCUCCAGUCAACAUUGUAACAAGGAAAGUGCUACCAGAUGGACGUCUCACUCCUUUUCACUUCAGUGGAUAUCAAGAAGCUUUUCAUGGUCGUCUCAUAAAUAACGGUCACACUGUCCACCUGGAUUUGCCCUCAAGCUUGAGGAUCAGAGGAGGAAAUCUUUUUGGAUCAUACAAAGCCGUGCAAGCUCACCUGCAUUGGGGCAAAGAUGGAGGACCGGGGUCUGAACACACGAUUGAUGGAGAGCAAUUUUCAAUGGAGAUGCACGUUGUCCAUAUAAAAGAAGAAUAUGAGACUGUAUCCCAGGCUUUAAGAGACCACACUGGUGUGGCUGUUCUUGGAUUUUUCUUUCAGGAGUCAGAGUCUGCCAAUAAGAAGUUUGAUCCCCUCAUAAACUCUCUGAAAUAUGUCACCCGAUCCAGUAACAGCACCACACUGAGGGGUGUGUCUCUGGAAAUGCUCCUCCCUGCUUGGACUGAUAUGACAAAGUACUAUCGAUACUAUGGCUCUCUCACCACACCGAGCUGUGCUGAAGCUGUCAUCUGGAGCCUGUUUGAAAACCCCAUCCCUCUCAGCAGGAAGCAGCUGGCUGCAUUCUCCAAGCUGCAGUUCUCUAAUGGAAAGCAGAUGAUCAGAACUUACAGACCUAUUCAGCCCUUGAAUGGACGUCCCGUGUAUUACUCCAGAGGCCAUGUUGGAGUGGUUAGCACCUUGUUACUCGUCAUAUCUGUGAUUGGAUCCAGUUUACUAUCCCUGCACACUACAGGAUGAGAGCUGUGUUUCAAUUUACCUUCAUGAAUAAAGACUGUUUAGUGUUUUUUAA